AUGUUUACCCUUGCAGAAGUUGCAUCGCUCAAUGACAUCCAGCCAACUUACCGUAUCUUGAAACCAUGGUGGGAUGUAUUUAUGGAUUAUCUGGCUGUUGUUAUGUUAAUGGUUGCUAUUUUUGCUGGAACCAUGCAGCUGACCAAAGACCAGGUGGUCUGCUUGCCAGUUUUGCAGUCUACUGUAAAUUCAAAAGCACAGCCUGUCACGUCAGGGAAGGCUGACUUUACCACUGUUGAAACAACCGCUGGUCAGGGAGAAGAAGCAUCAAAAGAUUCUUCAGGCCGUAAAACAAAUUUGGAUUUUCAGCAAUAUGUAUUUAUUAACCAGAUGUGCUAUCAUUUGGCUCUUCCUUGGUAUUCAAAGUAUUUUCCCUAUCUUGUUCUCAUCCAUACUAUCAUUUUAAUAGUCAGUAGCAACUUUUGGUUCAAGUAUCCCAAGACUUGCUCAAAAAUUGAGCAUUUUGUGUCUAUAUUAGGUAAGUGCUUUGAGUCCCCCUGGACUACAAAAGCGUUGUCUGAAACAGCGUGUGAGGACUCCGAGGAGAACAAACAGAGGUUAACUGGUGCCCAAUCCCUGCCCAAGUAUGUUUCCACUAGCAGUGAUGAAGGAAGCCCAAGUGCCAGCACUCCCAUGAUAACGAAGUCUGGCUUCAAAUUUUCGGCUGACAAGCCAACGAUUGAGGUUCCCAGUGUCACUAUUUUAGAUAAGAAAGAUGGAGAACAAGCCAAAGCCCUCUUUGAGAAAGUCCGUAAGUUUCGGGCUCACGUGGAGGACAGCGAUCUGAUUUACAAGCUCUAUGUUGGCCAGACUGUCAUCAAGACUGUCAAGUUCAUAUUUAUUCUCUGCUAUACUGCAAACUUUGUCAACACCAUUAGUUUUGAACACAUCUGCAACCCGAAAGUGGAGCACCUGAUUGGCUACACACAGUUUGAAUGUACACACAACAUGGCUUACAUGUUGAAGAAGCUGCUUAUCAGCUAUAUUUCCCUCAUUUGCGUCUAUGGCUUUAUCUGCCUCUACACGCUUUUCUGGCUGUUCCGCAUACCUUUAAAAGAAUAUUCCUUUGAAAAGGUCAGAGAGGAGAGUAGCUUCAGUGAUAUCCCUGAUGUCAAAAAUGAUUUUGCGUUUCUCUUGCAUAUGGUAGAUCAGUACGACCAGCUGUAUUCUAAGCGAUUUGGUGUCUUUUUGUCAGAGGUAAGUGAGAACAAACUGCGGGAAAUCAGUUUAAACCACGAAUGGACUUACGAAAAGCUGCGGCAACACGUUUCCCGCAAUGCCCAGGACAAGCAAGAAUUGCAUCUCUUCAUGCUGUCGGGUGUCCCCGACGCGGUGUUUGAUCUGACGGACCUGGACGUGUUGAAACUGGAGCUCAUUCCCGAGGCGAAAAUCCCACCGAAAAUUUCCCAGAUGACAAAUCUUCAGGAGCUUCAUCUGUGCCACUGCCCUGCGAAGGUUGAGCAGACCGCCUUCAGCUUCCUCCGGGACCACUUGAGAUGCCUUCAUGUGAAAUUCACAGAUGUUGCAGAAAUUCCUGCGUGGGUGUAUUUGCUCAAAAAUCUCCGUGAAUUGUACUUGAUAGGCAACUUGAACUCUGAAAACAAUAAAAUGAUAGGGCUCGAAUCUCUCAGAGAAUUGAGACACCUUAAAAUUCUCCACGUGAAGAGCAAUUUGACCAAAAUUCCCCCCAAUAUCACAGAUGUGGCACCGCAUCUGACAAAACUCGUCAUUCAUAAUGAUGGCACUAAGCUUGUGGUACUCAAUAGCCUUAAGAAAAUGACUAAUGUUGCGGAGUUGGAACUGCAGAACUGUGAACUGGAGAGAAUUCCCCAUGCCAUCUUCAGCCUCUCUAACUUACAGGAACUGGAUUUGAAGUCAAACAGUAUACGCACAAUUGAAGAAAUCAUCAGUUUCCAGCACUUAAAAAGAUUGACUUGUUUAAAGCUGUGGCACAAUAAAAUAGUCAACAUUCCUUCCUCCAUCACCCACAUAAAGAAUUUGGAGUCUCUUUAUCUCUCCAAUAACAAACUCGAAUCCUUACCAGCUGCAGUGUUCAGUUUACAGAAACUUAGGUGUUUGGAUGUAAGCUACAACUCGAUUGCAUCGAUUCCAGUGGAAGUAGGUUUUCUUCAAAAUCUGCAGCAUUUUCACAUCACGGGAAACAAAGUCGACACUUUGCCAAAACAGUUGUUUAAAUGUGUUAAAUUGAGAACUUUGAGUCUGGGACAAAACUGUAUUACCUCAAUCCCAGAUCAAGUUAGUCAACUGUUGCAGCUGACUCACCUGGAACUGAAGGGAAACUGCUUGGACCGUCUGCCAGCCACGCUGAGGCACUGUCAGCUUCUCAGGAAAAGUGGGCUCGUGGUGGAAGAUCACCUCUUUGACGCUUUGCCCUCAGAAGUGAAAGAGGUGUUGAAUCAAGACACAAGUAUUCCCUUUGCUAACGGGAUUUAGGCUGAGGUGAAACGCUCAGUAUCUGACUUCCAAACGGCAAAUGCUAAAAAGUAUGGCAAUUGUGAGACCAUGCAUUUUAGAAAGCAGAAUUUCUUGGAAGGCAGGACUACUAGCAGGAUUAGAACAGGUGUAACCGAGUGUUCAAUGCUUGCAGUGUUUUAAAAGAUUAUUUCCAAAAUUUUUGAGAGGAUAAAGAACCUUAAUAAUCUCAAUUCUUUUUUUCCUUAAAUUGUUUGUAACUUGGAUGCUGCCGCUUUUGAAUGUUUACAAAUUUGCUCGCCUGCUUAAAGUAAAUGAUUAAAUUGAUGACCUU